ACAAGUAAAAUUGAAGGUAGAAGCGGUUAGAGAAGAUGGCUAGAGACUUCCUUGAUGCUCAUGCAAAUGAAGCGGGUUUGGUGCUUCACUCUGGCCCUAUAUUUUUGUUUCUCAUGAUUGUUGCAUCCCUUUCUAUUAUUUCAAUGAUCAUAUUUGCCUGUGGUGAUGACAAGAAAAAGGGUGGUGGCGGUGGCGGUGGGGGAUGUGGUGGCGAUGGCGGUGGCGGUGGUGGCGAUGGCGGUGGCGGUGGGGGAUGUGGCGGUGGAGGUGGUGGCUGCUAAGUGCAUGGAAUAUGAGACAAUUAAUUAAACCUGCAGCAUGCAUGUGUUGGAGUUCCCUUUCUCAAGGUAGAAAUAAUAAAUCUAGUGGAGAUGUAAACUACCAUAUUUUUAAGUUUGGUGGGUCAGCAUAAUAGUGAUAAUACUUCCCUUACUUUUGCUUCUUAGUAAUUUACUAGAACGUGGGUUUCUCGGAUGUAUUUGAUGACAUAUGAGAGCGGUGAAUGGUGUAUUUUUUAUAUUUAUGAAUAAAAAAGUGUAUUGAGAUAAUUAUAUUGGAAAAUAAUUAUGAAAUAUCA